UACAAAGUUUAAUUUAGAUCCUACAAACUCCUUAUAAAACCUAGGAAAUAUUAUUUUGUCAAUAUAUUUAUUUAUUCUACAGAAAAAACCGACUCCCUCAGUUCUGCAAUUUCCUCCCGGUCGGCAAGUGGCAACCUGCAAAUUUGCAAUCGCCGGCGACUCCGUUCACGUCGAUCGGCACUGAAUUACACCGGAGAUAAAUUGAAUACAAAUAAAGAAAGAGGGAGUAAUGGUGACAUCGUCGGUGGUAAAUACGUAUCCUCUGUCAAGCUACACUUUCGGCACCAAAGAGCCGAAGAUGGAGAAAGACACCUCCGUUGCCGAUCGCCUUGCUCGCAUGAAAAUCAACUACAUGAAGGAAGGCAUGAGGACUAGCGUUGAGGGUAUUUUACUGGUACAAGAGCAUAAUCAUCCCCAUAUUCUGCUUUUGCAAAUUGGAAAUACAUUCUGUAAACUUCCAGGUGGUAGAUUGAAGCCAGGAGAGAAUGAAAUUGAAGGCUUGAAGAGGAAACUCUCUAGCAAACUUGCUGCUAAUUCACCUUCUCUGCAGCCAGAUUGGCAGAUUGGUGAUUGUGUGGCAACCUGGUGGAGACCGAACUUUGAAACAACCAUGUACCCUUACUGCCCUCCACACAUAACCAAGGCUAAGGAAUGCAAGAAGCUAUACCUUGUUCACCUAUCCGAGCGAGAGUAUUUUGCUGUGCCAAAAAACUUGAAACUUCUUGCUGUUCCGUUGUUCGAACUGUAUGACAACGUUCAGAGAUACGGUCCUGUUAUAUCGACAAUCCCUCAGCAACUAUCCAGGUUUCAGUUCAACAUGAUUCAUCAGUAGAUGUGUCCGAGAUUGACGAUCCCAAAUUUUGAGGAUGAGAGUUUCGAUCUCUGGUUCACCAUAUCAUUGACUGCGCUUUCUUCAACUUGUUUUCUGUUUUAAAACCUUGUUACGCUCACCACCUUUGACUUAGCUUUAGUUUCGACUUUCGUCUUAUGCUUUUUUUUUUAUACUUAUUUUCUUGUAUUAUUAUUAUUAUUAAGAAGUCUCUUUUUAUUAUCUUACUUUUUGAGUAGAUAGCAUCAAUGUUAUUUUUUCUCCUUUGAAUCAGACCUAGGAUUAAUUGUCUAUUGUCUUAUUGAGGCAUCAAUGUUGUAUUAAAAGCAUAUGCCUUUUAGUAUUUGCUUUUAAAACAUUAAUUAUUUAGAUACAGUACUUGGUGUGGAAAAAAUUAGAUGCUGCCA